AUGGCGGUUCCUGCAAUGCUUCAAUGGGGACCUGAAGGAUUUUUCUUCUUCCAUUUGACCAACCCAGAAGUCUUGCCAGGGCAGCCCAUCUACUGCACCCACAUGGAGGAUCCUGCAUUGGGACCAAAAGAUUGGAUUCAUGCAAUCCCUGAAUGGAGUGGCGACAAAGCCGGACUCGCCUUCAAUCAGGAAUUCUUGUCUUUGGUCCAUGAGUUCCGCAUCGAGCCCAACUUUUGGUCAGCCGGAACCUACCACUUUCAAGGGGGCUGCAGCCGCAUUACCGCGGACGCGUUUGGCACCUACCGUGCCUGGCUCGAGAACAAGGACGACUAUGAGCUCCUUUGUCAGUCGAAAUGCCUGAGCGUCCAGGUGACCUUCCGUGAAUCGUCUCCAAUCUUCUGCAUGCUGCGCUUAGAGAGCAUUCCACGGACACCGCUUUUUCUGCCCUUGCAGCGCAUCCAAGUGGCCAUCGAUGAACUGCGGGCAGGCCAGAUGGACGUGCCGAGUCGGGCGCCCCGCAAGAAGUUCCUGCCUCGGACCAUCUUUCAGACUCCCGAGGGGCAGACCGUCAGCGUCGAGCAUCUGUGUGCCUUGGCAGAGGUGAAGUCUGUCCGUCGGCCCGGCGUUUUUGGUGCUUUGAGGGGCCUGGCAGAUCGCCUGGCAGAUCAAGCAGGUCGAGUGAUGAAAGUUGUGAACCUCAAACUCUUCGAGGCGUGGGCGGCCGGUGGGGUUGGGAUAUAA